UUCUUUGCCAUAAAAUGGUCAUAUAUGAUCUUUAUUAAGCUCCAUGCAAUUACUUAUUUCAAAAGAUGAAGCACUCAUACGGUUGUGACAUACACUGAUACACACAAAACCUAUAUUACAUCCUCCUUUAUGUUGAGAAAAAACUCUGCUGCUUUCUGCUGAACACAGUCUCUCUCUCUCUCUCUCUCUCUCUCUCUCUCUCUCUCUCAUGGCUGCCAACAAGUUUGCAACCAUGUUACACAGAAACACCCACAAAAUCACUGUAAUCCUAGUCUAUGCAUUCCUUGAAUGGUUCUUGAUAUUUCUCCUCCUCCUAAACUCCCUCUUCUCUUUUCUCAUUUCCAAGUUUGCCAACUACUUUGGACUAAAGCCCCCUUGCCUUUUGUGCUCAAGAAUUGACCAAAUCUUAGAACCCAACAACAGAAACAAUGCCUACACAAAUCUCAUCUGUGAAUCACAUGCCACUGAGAUCUCCCAAUUGGGUUUUUGUCCCAACCACAAAAAGCUGGCUGAGUCACAGAAAUUGUGCAAGAAUUGCUUACCAAAAAACCCGAAAAUCGUCGAGAACUCCAUUGAAAUAUCAAGAAGAAUUGGUCUCUUCACAUGGGUAAACGAGAAGAAGAUUGAAAAUGGUGUGAGGAAUUUGAAGUGUUCAUGUUGUGAUGGGAUCUUGAGCAGAAAAUUCCACCCUUCUUUUUUAGUCUUUAAGCCCUCUUGGGGUACUCUGGGGCAUUCAUGGAGAAGAGAUUUGACUGCAGAAGUAAUACAUGAGGAAAGCAAUGAAGGGGAAGUUUCAGAUACAAGUGAUUGUGAUUGUUUUCUGGAUCAAGGUGGCAAUGAUGAUGAAGCCAAAGAAGAUGAUGAUGCCAACAUCAUUCAAGCUUCUUGUGGAGAAGAAGAUGGUGCCAUUUCUUUGAUUGAUUCUUCAACUAUGGUGCCAGAGGCUGCUUCACAUGUAGUGAGAGAGGUUUCAGAGGAGAGAGUGAAUGGAAACUUGAAACAACCAGGUGGAGAAGAAGAACAUGAUUAUCGAACUUUGUUGGGCGAUGAUGAAACCAAACCUGCAACCAUCACAGGCAAGAAGGAGUUUGAAGCUUUAACUGGCCCUGAAAUGUCUGGAACCAGCAGUAUUGAUCAAGGUUUACAGAAAAUCCAGAAAGAUUGUCAAGGCACAAAUCAUCACCUAUCUAAAAUUUCAGACCUAUCUGGGGCAGAGGAGUCUUGGGAUGGUAGUUUUAUUAGCGAAAUGGAAAGUGGUGACGGGAGUCUGACCAUUGAAAAGCUCAAAUCCGCCCUACAGGCUGAGCGGAAUGCUUUAACCGCUUUAUACACGGAACUAGAAGAAGAGAGGAGUGCUGCUGCAAUAGCUACAAGCCAAACAAUGGCUAUGAUAACACGGCUUCAAGAAGAGAAGGCUGCGAUGCAAAUGGAAGCGCUGCAGUAUCAACGGAUGAUGGAAGAACAAUCUGAAUAUGACCAGGAGGCGUUACAGCUUCUAAACGAGCUGAUGCUAAAGAGAGAGAAAGAGAAGCAAGAGCUCGAGAGGGAGGUGGAGGUGUACCGAAAGAGGGUUUUUGAUUAUCAAGCAAAAGAAAAGACGGUGAUGAUUAGAAGGAGAGAUGGUAAUGCUGAGGACACUGAUGAGCUGUCUAUUGAUCUCAAUCAUGAGAGUUAUAAUAACACUUUUACCGAGGGAGUUUUGAAUUUUGAGGAAAUGGGGAAAGAUUUAAGCUCACUUGAUGACUCAUUGGCAGGAUUCGAAGAAGAAAGAAUUUCGAUUCUAGAGGAGCUCAAGUCAUUGGAGGAAAAGCUUUUCACAUUGACAAAUAAUAACAAUGAGGAACUGUUUUUUCAUAACAAUGGCUAUGGUAGUCCAAGAGAAAAUGGGGGUUCAAAUGGGUAUUUUGGGAAUUCAAAUGGGGUAGAUUUUUCAGAGAGCAAUGAAAUGGAUUCCAAAGGAAAGAAUCUCCUUCCUCUUUUUGAUGCAACUGCAGUUGUCGAUGGAGAAGGGGAGUUGGAUGAAGAUGGGAUUGAAGAAAAUUUAGUGGAUUCUAAAAUUGAAUUGGUGGACAAGAAACUUGAUAUAGAAGAGGAGGUGGAUCAUGUGUAUGAAAGGCUACAAGCACUUGAAACUGAUAGGGAGUUCCUAAAGCAUUGUGUCAGCUCAUUGAAGAAAGGCGAUAAAGGAAUGGAUUUACUUCAAGAAAUUUUGGAACAUCUUCGGGAUUUGAAGACUGUUGAGCUACGUGCAAGAAGUGGAUGCAACAGUCCUCUAUUGUGAUCUCCCUGAUCAAGGAGAGAUGCGUAUGUUGGUUUAAUUGUUGAAGUUGAUCGAGUUACGUGUUUGAUUUGAUGGAGGACUACCUUUUUUCAGGGUAGACUUCAGAACUGAAGCUUGAACUGACUGUGAAUUCGAGUAUCUUGAAGGUUCCCUUCAUUACUUGUUUGAAAGGGAUAAGAGAAAGGUCAAAAAUGAAGAGACAAGAGGUCAAGUGCAUUUGCCAUUUCAUUAUCAAUGUGUUUGAUUAGAGAAGGGCAAGGUUGUAUUUUAUUGAUUUGUAAACAUGCUUAUUUUUGUAUCUAAGUUGAUGGAUUAGGACAUUUGUGGAAAGUGAUACCAAGAAAUAGGGAAGACCGAUCGUUUCACAUUA